UUCCAGAGAUCAUUUCCAGUGAGGGAGACAAAGACAGAGGGUCCCAUCAAGGCGAUGGUGUCUGCUGAUCUGAGAGCUGAGCUGGAAUGUUCCGUCUGUCUGAACAUUUAUACAGAUCCUGUAAACCUGAGAUGUGGUCACAACUUCUGCCGGGUCUGUAUUGAUCGUGUGCUGGAUACACAGGAGGGGUCUGGAGGAUAUUCCUGUCCUGAAUGUAGAGAGAAGUUUCCGGAUCGUCCUGCACUGCAGAGGAACAUAACACUACGUAACAUAGCGGGGAAUUUCCUGUCUUCUCAGCCAGAUCAGGAGUCCGGGGUCUUCUGUACUCACUGUGUGGACUAUCCUGUACCUGCUGUUAGAUCCUGUCUACAUUGUGAGGUUUCUCUGUGUGAUAAACACCUGAGAGUCCACAAAAGGUCCCCAGAACACAUCUUAUGUGACCCCACCUUGUCCAUGGAGAGCAGGAAAUGCUCCGUCCAUAAGAAGAUCCUGGAGUAUUACUGCAUUGAGGAUGGGACCUGUAUCUGUAUGUUGUGUAUGAUUGGAGGACAUAAGGGUCAUAAGAUGGAGUCACUGGAUGAGGCUUCUGAGAAGAAGAAGAAUAAACUGAGGAAUGUUCUGCAGAAACUUCUGACAAAGAGAGCGGAGACGGAGGAAAGAGUCCAGAGUCUGCAGGAACACAGGAGGAAAGUAGAAGAAGAAGCACCUGGUGACACCGAGAGAGUCACUGUCCUGUUUAGAGAUCUCAGGAGACGUCUGGAAGAUCUGGAGAAGAGAGUCCUGAGGGAAAUCUCCGGGAGGGCAGAGCGGAUCUCCAUCUCCAUCCGGGAUCUGGAAAUAAAGAAGGAGGAGCUGUCCAGGAAGAUACGUCACAUUGAGGAGCUGUGUAACAUGACGGAUCCACUGCUGGAUGUGGCUGGGAUAUCACACACAUUACACACAUUAUCUGAUAUAAUAACAGAGGGAAAUGUACACUUCCCUAUACAGGAAGCUGCAAACAUAUUACUGGAUGUAAACACGGCUUAUAAUCAUCUCCUUGUAUCAGUUGACAUGAAAACUGUAAUCAGGUCAGAUAGAUACCAGUAUCAUUCAGAAACACCAGAGAGAUUUCAGAAUCAUCCUCAGGUGUUGAGCAGUCAGAGUUUCUCCUCAGGGAGACAUUACUGGGAAGUGGAUGUCGGGGGAUCAGAUUGGUGGGAAGUCGGGAUGUGUUACCCCAGUAUAGAGAGGGGAGGAAGGGAGGCAGCGAUUGGAUAUAAUAAGAAGUCCUGGGGAUUGGUCGGGUAUAAUUAUCAGUAUUUGAUGAGACAUGACAGUAAAGUGAUCCUCUUACCCGCCAAUCUCUCCAGUAACAGAGUCAGGAUAGAUCUGGAUUAUGAGGCCGGGCGGAUCUCCUUUUAUGAUCUGUGUGACCCGAUCCGACGCCUCCACACCUUCAUCACCACCUUCACUGAGCCCCUCCAUGCUCUGAUAUGGGUAGGGAGAGGCUGUAUAAAGAUCAUGCUUUUUUGAUUAUUUCAUGUCAGAGUUACUAUUAUUGCAAUUGCAAGCAACAAAGUAAUAAAAAAAAAAGAUUUUGCAGA